ACGUGUCCUGAUGAGUUUACCUGCAGAAGCGGCCUGAUAGGUUUGCCUUUGGAUUUUUUGCAGCCUCCAAACAACAGGCCGCCUCCUCUUCCCAGCUCGUCUCUGCCAGAAGGCUACUAUGAGGAAGCAGUGCCCUUAAGUCCAGGAAAGACUCCUGAGUACAUUACCUCCAAUUAUGACUCUGAUGCCAUGAGCAGCUCCUAUGAGUCAUAUGAUGAAGAAGAGGAGGAUGGGAAGGGUCAGAAGAUGCACCAGUGGCCAUCUGAGGAGGCCUCCAUGGACCUGGUGAAGGAUGCUCGGAUCUGUGCUUUCCUGCUGCGUAAGAAACGCUUUGGCCAGUGGACCAAACUGCUGUGUGUCAUCAAGGAUGACAAACUGCUGUGUUACAAGUCAUCCAAAGACCACAUUCCUCAGAUGGAACUAACGCUGCCAGGAUGCAGCAUUACUCACAUCCCCAAAGACGGCAAGAAGAAGAAGCACGAGCUAAAGAUCGUCCACCAGGGGGCAGAUGCUUUGGUUCUGGCUGUGCAGAGCAAAGAACAGGCUGAGGAGUGGCUCAAGGUGAUGAGAGACAUUUCCAUUGGUGGCACAGGUGAAGUUGAUGGAGGAAGAACAUCUUCACCAACGCACAAACCGGAACUGGAAAAG